CUAUUUCAUCUUCCUACAGGUAAGGUUCAGGCCAAUUCAGAGCAACUCAGAAAAGCUCCCGGAGAUCCCCCCUUUCGUGUUGGCCACGUCAUUAAGUAGAGAAAAUCAAGAAAUGAACAAAAAUGAAUCAACAAUGUUUCUAGAAGCACAAAACUUUUGCUUGCCACAAAGUAUCAUUCCACCUUGGAUGCGGAAUUAAUCAACAAUAGCAAUUUUGAUAUAAGUUUCGUGAAUCAGCAUUGGCCAAUGCACUGUUGUCAUUAUACAAUAACGGCAAUCAGUAUGCGCAACUGGAUCCUUUUAAUAUAUCCAGAAAUGGAAAUUCCCGACGAAGAUGUAGAAUUCGAUAUUGAAUGGGUAAAUCCUAAUGUGGCAAAGAACGAACAGCAGAAACAAGCUGUAAAGAAGAUUUUAAAUAAGACUGCGCACCCUGCGCCUUAUAUAAUUUUCAGUCCGUCUGGCACAGGGAAAACAGCGACAUUAAUCGAAACAAUAUGUCAGAUUGUAAGGCAACACCCGACGGAGAAUGCAUUGGUGUGCACCACAUCCAAUGCAACAGCUGAUGAAAUCACUACAAGAUUAAUUGGAAAAGUUCCGGAAAAUAUAUUAUACCGAAUGUAUGCCCCAUCUAGAUCAUGGGAGAAAGUAGAUAAACAAAUUCAACCGUGUGCAACUUUUGCUGACGAAAAAACUAUAUCUUUGACAAGGGAGCUACUGCUAUGUAAAAAGAUAAUCAUUACAACAUUAGUUACAUCUUUAAGGUAUGUAUACAUAUCUUUAUUACUUCAGCUUUUACCAAGAAAGGGACUUGGUUUAUACAAUUCAGUCCUAUCACACUCAUUCACUGGCUUAGUUUACACCGAUUGUUUAGUACGCGUACCAAGUACUAAAUCUGCUUCUUUGAUUGGCGCAGAUUUUACAUAUAAAAUUACAAUUGAGCAUUGUCCAAACAUGUUGUCUACCAUGGGAUUCCAAGAAAAUAAUUUUUCUUAUAUAAUUAUUGACGAAGCGAGUCAAACGAUUGAACCUGAAAUGCUAAUAUCUUUUGUAAUAGCGAGUACCGGCAUCUUGUGUACUGAUUUUUAUCCACAAGUUGUUAUUGCCGGUAAUCCUCAUCAAUUAGAACCUGUCGUUCGUAACAAAAGAUCUGAACAUCUUCUUGGAAUAUCUAUGCUGGAACGAUCAACGACCACUUGCGAACCGUAUAAAAAACAGAAUAGGAAUUUAAUUUUUCUUAAACAGAAUGGGAAUUACAAUCCGAACUACAUAACAAAAUUAAAUAAUCGCAGUCACGAAAAACUUUUACACAUAUCCAAUCAAUUAUUUUAUGACGGUGAUCUCAUAGCCUGCGGAGGAGCCGAUACACAAAUCGCGUUAAACUGGCCGGAACUACCUAAUAAAAAUUUUCCAAUGAUAUUCCAAGAAGUUCGAGGUGGAGAAGAAAGGACUUUAGCCAAAAGUGUCUACAACGUUGCUGAAGCACUAGUAGUGGUGCAUUGUGUCAGCAUGCUGCUCAAGACAAAGUUCGCAAAUUGCAAAAUCACGCAAAGGAUAUCAAUGUCAACGCCUUUUAAACGGCAGCAGCUAGAUAUCACUCGGCAAUUGGCAGCGAGACGCUUGGAAGACGUGACUGUGGGAACAGUGGAGAUAUUUUAAGGGCAAGAGAAACCUGUGAUGAUAUUGUCAACGAUGCGAUCGAAGCACAAUGGCAGAGAGCACAUCGGUUUCCUAUCCAAUCCGAAAAUAUUUAACGUCGCUCUAACACGCGCCAAAACACUCACAAAUUCGACCCGAAUGUUCUCUGCAAAAGUAAAUGUUGGAAGUUACUUUGGGAAUACUGUGAAAACCAAGGGGGAUGUAUUCCGUUCGAGCGAUGCCUUUUGAAGCCGGACAUGAUAGAGAAGUUAAGGGGCGAUAACAUCAAUCCGGCGAAGAAACUUUCCAUCACCAUAGAAUACAGUGAGAAAAAUAAAAAUUCAAAAAAGUUAUCCGACGUGCUAAUGCGCAAAAUAAAUAACAUGACUUUAUAAUAAAGAUAUGACCGUUCGAGAUUUUUAGUUUCAAUGGACAUUUUAAAUUAUUUUAAUUCGCAUUAUUUGAAUUUUGGCGAAACGCGCGCUGUUCAUUUUGAAACCUAAUCGUUGUAUUUUAAAAAAUAUUUUACUUUGUUUUUUUAAAGAAGUCGCGUGUAAAUAUCGUAUUUUAUAUCAAGCGCUAAAUGUUUAAUUUUGAAUCGAGGUGACAAUAUGUUCGCGCUGACUUUUUAAAUAGUGUAAAUCUAAAACAUAAUUUUUUAUCUAGAAUAUUUCUUUUGAUGUAUGUUUCAUCAAAUCAUCGACAAUAUUUGUUCACAAUCGCAUAUAUAUAAGAUGUAAAUAAAUGUGAUAUAUAAAAGAUGUAUAUAAGAUGUAUAUAAAAGUUGUAUAUAAAAGAUAUAUAUAAAAUUGUUUUAAUAAAGUCUUGUGAUUAUAUUAAAGAAACAGUCUUAAUUAUAUGUGCAAUAUGUCACCUAAAUUCAAAGGGUUGGGCCCAACGCACAGUAGAGAAAAAUAUUAUGAAUAAGAAUAAAUAUUAAUUAGGAAUAAAAAAUUGGAAUUUCAUUUCAAAACAAAA